CGAAAGAUUCAGAAUAUGAGCUUGACAGAAGUCGCUGAUGGGUUUGCUCAGGGCGUGGCAGCUGCAGAUAGAGUCAGAACUAGGACUCCACUGGCAACUGGCUUUCUCCCGGAACCUCAGCUCUACCAGAGGAGCCAGCACCAGGUCCGUCCGACAUGCGAGAGGUGGCUCUCAGGCUGCUCGUCCUCCUGUCAGGUCUGUCUGCACUGGACGCCAGCGACCCGGAAGAUGAAAACAGUCCUUUCUUCUACGGUGGAAAAUGCAAAUGCAGAUUCGGCCCAAAGCCCAGUCACCGGCCAGGGGAUGCCCCACCUCUCAUCACUCCAGGCUCUGCCCACAACUGCUGAGGUUGGACCAGCUGAAGGAAGGGCCUGUCUUUGUCCCCAAGUCCUGGCUGUCCACAGGAGCCUGAACUCCAGGGUAACAUCCUCCAGCCCCUCCCCAGGCUGCCUUGCUGGGGCCUCGCCUCACGGCUCACGGGAGGGAGCUCUUUGUUCAAUGUUUUAAUACAAAACCAUCCGGCCUGCAGCCCGGGCAGCCAGCAGA